AUGGCAAAUUCAGGGGCAACACUUCAGAACUACAACACCGAGCUUAUCAAGAUGCUUGAGACCAUUAAGGAGAACAGAGACGAGGUCUAGGUUGAGAUUGAUGCCGAAGAGUCCGAAAAGAGACAAAUUGAAGAGAAUAUGAAGAUGCUUAGCCUGAGACUCUAGGAAUUGAACGAGUCACUCUCUAAGAAAUACAACACUCGCAAUGAAUUCGAUAAGACUAUUAGCGAGACUGAGAAUGCCUUUAUGAAGAUUUUAGAAUCCUCCCAGACCCUGCUCCAUGUCCUUAAAAAGGAAGGCGCCAGUCUGAAUAAAAAGAAAGCACAGACAUUAACAGGAGUAAAGAAGGGUGACUUUGAAACUCCUCAGAGAGAUCAUUGA